UUGCUGAUUGACAGAGAGAUGAGUGUGUUUGGUGGAGAUAGUUGGGGAAGGGAGGCUCAAUACAGGAAGAGAAGAGUUGAUGAUCAUCUUGUCGACGAUCUUUCAGAUUCUUCUCAUUUCAAGAAACUCCCCAGUGGAAAAUAUGCUUGCCUUGUCUGCCCUAACAAACCCAUCUUCGAUACUUCUCUCAUCCUCACCAUGCAUAACAAGGGAUCACGCCAUGUAGCUGCAUUGUCAAGGCUUAAGGAAAAAGAGCGCAAUCAACAGGAAGAGAUAAGCAAGAGAAUAGCUUUAUCAGAUGAUUCUUCUGGAAAGGUGUAUUCUAGUUCAUCCAAUCAGAAAAGUGAGUUCACUAGAAAGAAUCCAUUGAUCGAAUGGACACGGAAGGUGACUUGGGAGGCACUUAAAACCCAAAAGCCUGAACAAAAUUCGAGAGGUAAACAACAAUAUGAGGCAAAACCUAGUAAAAUGUAUACUCCUUUUUCUUCAAUUUCAGAUAGUGUUUCCAGACAAAAUACUGGGGCAUCAUUAGAGGUACAAUCUGGAACUGCCAGCUAUACAGAGAGGAAUAAUAGUGGAGAGGAAUAUGAAGAAGCUUGUAGAAUGCUGGCAGAGCAUCAGUUGGAGCUAGCAAAACGUCGUGAGAAAGAACUUAACUUUACUGCUGCUGGUUGGAAGCGGGACUGCCAUGGAAAGUGGUUUCGAGAUGAAAAUGUUGAGUUUGACUCAGACGACGAAGAUCCAAAUGUUUGCUUGUCGUAAGACUGGUGAAACAAAAUGUUGGAACUGCCUGUAUAUUGGUGGACUUGUACAGACCGACCAUCUCCAUGGAACUUACUAACAAAGUAAAUCUGUUUGGUUUCCAUUUUGCCUUCAUUUUCAAUCUGCUUCAAGUUGGAACCGGUAUUUCUGAAGUUAUGACAUGCAUCAUACGAUAAAAUAAGAAUUUUAAACAUUUACCUCUUUAUUGUUGGAUAUGGGUUGAAGUAUCUUUCUUCCAUUCUUCCUCAUUUCAGGAGAUUGGUUGGAAAACAACAGUAUAUUCGGUUAACAAACUGGUUUGAGAGUCAAUUCCAUUGUGCUUGCUUCAAAAACUUAGGUGUCAUAGAUUUGGUUGGGUUUAACUUGUAAUGCUGUAAGAAGAUCCUCUCUUUUUCAGUUUGAAAAUCAUCAACGAGAGGGUAUCAUCGGUGGCAGAGUUCACUCUUUGAUUCUGUUCUUAAUGUGACUUUCAAGAGGAUCAGUGUUAUGGUUGUGUAGUUUAACAGCUAUGUCUCGUACAAAUGAACUAUUUGUUUUGUAUAAACAUCAGUUGAAACUUAAGCUGAAUUGCUUUGUGAAUUACAAAUUUUAACUACAUGAGCUAUCACUCUCUAGUGUUGGAUUCACUAAUCUUUCAAUUGAUACUAGUUUACCACAUGAGCAGUAAGUAAUUAUAGUGGACUUGCUUCAUUUGCAGCUUGGACUAUUGUUGCUGACCAAUGUUUUUGUGUUCUCAUUAUUGGUACAAUUAUUGCAUUACCUGACUCUUAAUUGCUUACAAGAUUUUGUUCCGACCUCACGUUUUAAUGGAAAUUGUCUGAGACCCAACCGUGGCUGAACCAAUCUCAUGAACACCAAUUCAUUUUGAUUGUGUUUAGUUCAUGAGUAUGCUCUGGUUCAGUCAUUAUAACCCAAAAGCCCGAAUAAGAUUUGAGAAGUAAACAACAAUAUGGGGGAAAAAACUGUGGCAUCAGCAGAAGUGCAAUCUGGAACCGCCAGUUAUAAAGGGGGGGAACAAUAGUGGAGCGGAAAAUGAAGAAGUUCAAGAGAAAGAACUUAACUGUACUGCUGCUGGUUGGAAGCGUGAAUGCCUUGUGAAGUGGUAUCAAGAUGAAAAUGUACAGUUUGACUCUAGUAAGAUCAUGUGAUGAGCCUAUAACCAAGGACAUUUUUCUCAUCAAUCAUGAGGGCUGGCGGUGGUGGUCCGGCUGAUAAAAUGACAGCAACAGCUGGGUUUAAUGCUCCGAUCACUGCAAAGAUCUCAUCUUCUGAAGCUCAAUCUCCUGACUUUGCAAUUCCCACCUGGUCCUAUUCCGACUGCUUGACUCUCUGGUUUUCCUCUCUAAUUUGCUGCGUUUUGCUGCCGCAAUCAUGAGAGUUAGGGAUCCAGCAACAACAUCUGGCAAGACGGUACGUAGGGUUGUCUCAUUUACCUCACACUGGAAGGAAAGGCACUGAUUUAACUUGUUUUGUUAGACCUCCGUAACAAUGUAAGCAGACUCGGGACCAAAAAAGUGUGUUCCUAUCUUUUUUAACCUACAUACUCCAGCUGAUGUGUCCGCUUCUUCAUGUGUUAUAAGAUACUUCUACAUGUGAUGUGCCUGGGUUUGAAUAUGCAAGAAUGAAAUUACUGAGACAUGUUUCUUUUGUCGACGGCCUGGAUCACGAAAAUUCUUAUGGAUACCAUGCUUAAUGGAGCAGCAAUCAUGGACGGGGCACCACUUCUGGUUGCUAGAAAUGAAAGCUGUCCUCAACCUCAGACUUCAGAGCAUCCCGUCAUGGGUCUCCAACACAUAAUCAUCCUUCAGAAUAAAGUUGGUCUUAUUCAGGACAAGAAAGUGAAGCUGUUCAGGAGUUUAUUCAGAACACUGUUGCUGAUGGUGCCCCGGUAAUCCCAGUUUCUGCUCAACUAAAAAUACAACAUUGCUGCUGCGUGCGAACAUAUUAGAAAAGGAUUCUUAUUCCAGAGAGGAUCUUUAUUUCGUCGCCAAACAAGAUUGUACAUAUGUACUCAGGCCAUUUGAUGUCAAUAAACCUGGUUCAGAGGUUGAUGAAAUCAAGGGUGGUGUUGCUGGUGGGAGUAUCCUCACCAAUAUACUCGAGAGUAAUUUCAAUAUUUGCUAAACUAAAUGAGCCUCAGUUUGCUGUACCCGGUGGUCUUAUUGGGGUUGGGAGAGAUUCUUAUGUUGAACAUUGGGUCUAUGUCUACAAGGCCACAGGUUCUUGUAGUGAAAAAGGGUUGUAGAAUAGAAAGAUGUUGCAGUAGAGAAAAAUCUGGCGAAGCUUCAACUUUCCUCACCUGUGUGCACUAGCUAAGGAGAGAAGGUUGACCUCAGCCGACAUGUUGAAAAGGAUUCCGGCUGGGAGCACUCUCGAAGUCGCACCGUGCCCCAUCUGAAUAAAAGCCUACUGACACUAUUUAGUUCUCGAAACAAAGAAGUUCAAGCGGUACUUGGUAUAUCUUACAGGUUGCAUUCGUGUAUAAUGGCCGCUUUAACACAAGUGAAGUAUUAAUGUUGAUGUCCUAAUUAUCCUUUCA